AGUUACAUUUUACGUACAAAACAAAACCGAAGAUCAAAGCACUCUUUUCCCAAAACUAAAUCAAUGUCUUCUUUUCAUUUUCUGCUUCAUUUGACAAUUUUCCUCCUUGUUUUCCAUCAAAAAUUUUCUUUUCCUUCCAAACAAACAACACUCUUUUUACCUCUCAAAACAACCCUUGGUCGACCCCCACUUACCUUUGCCCGUAACUCUAAACUUUCCUCCGCCGCCGCCACCAACAAGCUUGGCUUCCACCAUAACGUUACUUUAACAGUUUCUUUAUCCGUCGGCUCGCCGCCACAAAAUGUCACUAUGGUCCUCGACACUGGGAGUGAACUCUCAUGGCUUCACUGCAAAAAAACCCCCGACUUAAAUUCCGUUUUUACCCCUGAACUUUCCAAGUCUUACAUUCACAUCCCUUGCGCUUCACCCAUUUGUAAAACCCGUACCCGAGACUUACUCGUACCCGCUUCCUGCGAACCGAAUAAUAAGCUGUGCCACGUGGCUGUCUCUUAUGCCGACGCUUCCUCAAUUGAGGGAACUCUCGCGUAUGAGAAUUUUGUAAUCGGGUCCUCCGUCCGACCCGGGUUUUUAUUCGGGUGUAUGGACUCAGGUUUUAGCUCGAAUUCAGAUGAAGAUUCGAAAGCAACCGGGUUAAUGGGCAUGAACCGUGGGUCCUUAUCAUUCGUGAGUCAAAUGGGUUUUCCCAAAUUCUCGUACUGUAUAUCGGGUUUUGACUCGUCUGGUGUUUUACUUCUCGGCGAUACGAGAUUCUCGUGGCUUAAAACGUUAAAUUAUACUCCUUUGAUUCAAAUAUCCGAUCCAUUGCCAUAUUUUGAUCGGGUUGCAUAUACGGUGCAAUUAGAAGGUAUUAAAGUUGGGAACAAAAUAUUGGACCUACCAAGAUCCGCUUUUUUACCGGAUCACACGGGUGCGGGUCAAACAAUGGUUGAUUCGGGCACCCAAUUUACUUUCUUAAUGGGUCCGGUUUAUACUUCGUUAAGAAACGAGUUUUUGCAACAAACAAGAGAGGUUUUACGAGUUUUUGAGGAUCCGAACUUUGUUUUCCAAGAACCAAUGGACUUAUGUUACCAAGUUGACGAGUCACCCGGUACGAUUUUUUCGGAUUUACCACGAGUUAGUUUGAUGUUUCAAGGAGCCGAGAUGAGCGUAUCGGGCGAGAGGCUAUUAUAUCAAGUACCCGAGCUGAAUAAGGGGAGUGAUUCAGUGUAUUGCUUCACAUUUGGGAACUCUGAUCUAUUAGGUAUUGAAGCGUUCGUGAUUGGCCAUCAUCAUCAACAAAAUGUGUGGAUGGAAUUUGAUUUGGUGAAAUCAAGGGUUGGAUUUGCAGAGAUCAGGUAUAUUGCCGGUCAACAACUAGAGAUGGGCCUUUAAAAAAAAGGAUCCCACCAAAGGAUUAAAAUGGAAGAGACAUUUUUUGAAGUUCAGAAUGAAGCCAACAUAGUCCAAUCAGGGCAGGGCCCAUCUUUAUAAAUAAAGAUGGACCGUUGAUCGUACGACCAUAUUGGUACUUAAUUUUUCAUUGUAAUAUUAAUUAUAUUAAAACAUUUAUAAUCCAUAUUUUGAUUUUAUGAAAA